CGGAUCCAAUCAUUCUGAAGGCUCGCAUGGUUAAUAGUCCGCGGAAGUAUAGUUGGGAGAUGAUUAUCUAUCAAGCACACCAUCGUGACAGAACUACAAUCACCAUGAAGCCUGAUUUCUCAUACAACUCGUCGGAAAAGUGCUACAUCUGCGUCGGCAUGUUUCAGCGACCCCUUCAUAUAUCACUGGGCGAUUUCUUACACAAGAGAUACGCCAAGCAGACCACACAAAAGGGUCAGAUCAUACCGGUGCAAUCGCAGUUCAGCCUGACCCCAGCCGACGGCCCUUUGGGCUUCCAACUCACCGCCGAAGACACUACGCAAAGCAAUCCACUGGUGCUGCACUCGAAGGAGAGCAUCAAGUUCACCAACAUCACCAGCAGCACGUACACCAUUGACUCACACGCCCUCUACAACUUCCAGAAGUACACGACGAACCGCAAAUACGGAC